AUGCUGUCGCGUCAAAUCGUGCGGGCGUCGCCCUUCAGAAUGGCGACAGUGCCCCCACGACGACUCCCUCUCAUCCAACAACGAACCUUCCUCCCCGAGUCCAUGGUCGGCAGAAGCAAGACCGACGAGAAGUACCCCGACUCAGACUACCCAAACCUCACGCCCGAGCAGGACCCGGACAUGAACGGCGGCUACAUCAAUCCCCCUCGCAUCAAGCGCCAAUUCCGCGAUCCUCAUGCCGACUGGUGGGAUAAGCAAGAGCGGAGGAACUUUGGCGAGCCGGUUCACGAAGACCAUGAUAUCCUGGGCAUGUUCUCUACAUACGAAUACACCUGGAUCACACCUGGGAAGGGUUUGGCUCAAAUCGGCGCAUUCAUCGUCGCCUUUCUCAGCGUCGUCUACGUUGUGAAACUGACGUACCCGGACCGGGUCAGCUACCCCCGCGAAUUUGAGGGCGGUCUGGAAAGGGAGCUGGGUGGGCCCGGCGCAGUCAGGGUAAGUCCGACACUUAGUAUUCCGCCUAGGAGCAAGCUGCUGAAUCAACUAUAUAGGCCAGGAUGGAGGGCGAUCCGGACCCGUAGAGCCGAGUGUGGGAACUGUGUAUAUACAAGUAACAGCCUAAGUGUGGUCAAUCGAGUCCCUUUGUCCGGAUCUGUCGAGCGGCGGUUCAGUGAAACCAAGGUACUUCUCACGAGGCUGCCGGCCUCUGUUGCUUCUAUCGUAUGUGUAAGAUCUCGGGAGCCAGGGCAUGUCAACAGGAACGAGGUGGCAUUGGAAAGAGCAAACCUGGAAAGUAUUCUGGAGUUCUAG